AUGUGUGAUCAGGCUGAAUCCUGCCCAUUUAUUCCUACUGACAUCCAAAAUGAAGUUAAGAAUCUUCUCAAGCAGAUGCUUGAUGUUCUUUCUGGUGAUUUUCAAGUAAAACCUGAGGUUGAAGAGAUUAACGAUGGAUUCUACGGAAAACCAAGUCUGGUUGCUGAUUACGAUUCUGCCUCGUCCUAUUCAGAGCCUCCACUUGCCGAGGGUGAGGUGCAUUCGAUGUUUGCGGAAGGACAAGUGACACUGGAAGAUGAUUUCUUGACAGAAGACGACAUCAAACGAGAAAUUGUGAGUAUCUUUUUUCACAGCUUUGUUCUUGGUUUAGGGUUGAUGAGCAGACGAAAUUCUUCCAACUACGUUGGGUAUUCAGUUCGAUUUGGUGCACAACUUUAUUUUAGGCUUCUUUUUUGAGGUGUUUGGAUGAAUUCGAAUUUUCGCGGUGAACUUCUCAACAAUCACUUUGGAUUUUUUGUAAAUAGCUGCCUCAAGAUCUCCUCUUCCUUAACGAUAGUACUAUUUUUACUCUCCUUGCCUAAUUUGCCUUUUUUUCAACGGUUUAUUUCCAGCGAUGUCCACUGAACAACGAACAAGAUUCUGACUCGGAAAGUGAGGUUUUCUUUGAAGUGACGUCUCGAUGCCGAAGUGUGUACGAUCCAGAUGACUUGAACUACCAAAGGCCGCAGUUUACUCGGACUUUUGACGACGAAUACUAUUUUUUACCUGCGCUGGAACAGCUUGUACUUGAAGAUAAACCAACAGUCCGGGAUUUGAGGCCAUUCGGUGUCGUUAGCACUGUUAUUGACUUUGUUGGUAAGUUACUUAUGAUUUUGUUUUUCAAUUUUUAGACGAUUUAUGUCCAAUGAGUGAAAGUUUUUAUCAAAAAGUGGCAAUAUUUUCUUUUUCAGUUACGAUAAAGCCACUUCCUCACAUUCCGGCGCUUGAUUAUGAUUCAGUAUUGUUCAACGAUAAGUGUGAAGUCAUUGGGACAAUAUUUGAAAUCUUUGGGCUUAUUGAAGAACCGAAUUAUGCUAUAAGGUUCAAUACUGAAGAAGAAGCAAAGAGAUACGCUGUUGACACAGAAGUCUUCUACGCUCCUAAUUACCUCAAAUACACAAAGACUUUCUUCCCUCAUGACCUUUCUAAGUAAGUUUGAAGCCUUUUUUUAUUACACUUGAUUCAUUUAAGGAAGUUUGAAUUUUGAGAUAUGGGUUUUCAAUUUUUGGAUGUGGAGUGUAAUAUAAAUAAUUUCUUUUAGGGUUAUGUACACAGACGAUGGGGACAACACAGAGCCAGAAUUCAGCGAUGAUGACGAUGAAAGAGCCCAUUCGCAAAAGAAGAGAGCUAAAUAUCGACAGGCCCCUCAAAAUGCUCUCCCGGGAUUCAAAAAACCUCGACAAGUCCACUUUGGAUACCCAAAUCAACCGUAUUAG